AUGAAAACCUCGCUCGUCCUCGCCGCGUCCUUCGGGCUGACUUUAGCCAAUCUGAGACCAAGGCCGCCCGGCAAGGUGGCAGUCCAGGACUGGGCGCCUUGGAACCUCCGCGCCGUCUCGCAUCGGUCGCCGCCGACGGCUCUCUGGCCAACCGCGUGGCGCAACUUCAAGUACAACUAUCGUGACUGGGCCGGCGACGAGACCUACUACGUCUACGUCAUGGACACGGGGAUCCGAACCACGCACCAGGAGCUCGAGGGUCGCGCCGAAAACCUGUUCACCUUGUUCAAAACCGCCGACGGGGAGGACGACUUUGAGGACCGGAGCGGCCACGGCACCCACGUCGCCGGAAUCGUCGCCUCCAAGGCGUACGGCGUGGCCAAGAAGGCUCGGGUGGUCUCUGUCAAGGUGCUCGACGAGUCCAAUACCGGGCUGACUUCCCAGAUGAUCAAGGGGUUCCACGCUGCCGUCAACGACAUCAUCAAAAAGGGCCGCUUCAACAAUGCCGUCGUCAACCUGUCCCUGGCGGGGCCCUGCUCCGCCGCCUGGAACGCGGCCGUCGACAGGGCCUUGAACCACCGCGACGGAUCCAAGCCGGGGGCCGUCUUGACCGUUGCCAGCGCCGGCAAUGAAAAGAUGAAUGCCGAGUCGUGCUCGCCCGCGUCGGCGAGCCGCGCCAUAACAGUCGGGUCCAUCCGGUCAGACUGGCGCAUGGCCCCCUCGUCCAACUUUGGAGCCAAGGUCAACAUUCUCGCUCCCGGGGCCAACAUCGUCUCGCUCUCGCACGAGAGCGACUCUGAAACGGCCACCAUGUCAGGUACCUCGAUGGCGGCGCCUCACGUUGCCGCCCUGGCUCUGAACGCCAUGUCCGUCUUCGGCAGAGCGAGCCAUCAAGUCCCGUUGUUCCUCCAGGAGACUUGCACAAAGGACAAGGUCAAAGGCGACCUUCGUGGCUCGCCCAACGCGCUCGUGAACAACAACACCAAGAAGCAGUGA